CAUGAGAAAGCUCAAGGGACCAGUUAAGGAAACGGCAAAACAGAAGAGAGAAAGGAAACAAGAAUUUGCCAAAAUGCGUCAACAGAUCCACACGGUGGUUUUGCCGACUUGCGCGUUCAUUUUCAUGCUGAUUUGUUUUUAUGUAUACGUAAAAACGAGACCGACAACAAUGCAAUACGCGUAACGUUUACAUAGAAAUAAGAUGUGUGAGCUAUUGUAUAUAAUAGUAAAUUAUUUAUGCCACAUAUAGAGUUUUGGUGUUGGAUUAUUUAUAAGGUUGUGAAUUUAUUAUGUGGUAAUAUUUAGUGGGUUAUUGUGGUACAUACCGUGUGUUAGAACAUUCAAAACAUUCAAUACCCUAGAGUCUAGGGUCUAGACAUAUCAUGUUUAAAGAUAUAAUAAAAUUUAUGUAAAUAAUACAUUAUUAAAAUAAUUAUAUGUA